GUGCGCGCUCCCGCGGCACACAGCCCCGCCGCCGUGCCUCGUGAACGCGCCGGUACAUGCGGGUUGAAUAAAGAAGGAAAAGCAGAAAAAAAAUCAGCUGAUGGUUAAAAACACUUCAGGCUGAUUCUGAGCUAAGAGCAGACACCGGUUUGAUUCCCACACCUGCAGCCGGUCUCGUGAUCCGGAGGGGUCCAGUACUCUGCUCACCUCAGCCGGUCUUUGUCAGCUGGUUCACGGAGACCCGGGCUGGGUUUGUGGGUUUUCCUCUGUAUGAAUCUGAAUCUGAAAAGAGACUCUUUUGUUUAAACGCGAUGCUGCAUCGGGAGUGUUUUACUUUCGGUUUUCAGUGAAUCAUCGCUGAUGGGGAAGAUCUCCAGCUGGAUUUAAUCACCUUUUGUUUGGAGGAAGAGGAGGAAGAGGCUCACAGUGAAGUCACACUAACGGAUCUGCUCUCUAAUUACCGUUUUUAUCUGCCGGUGAAGGCUGGAUUAUGCUCACUGAGCUGCAGAGAGAGCUCUAACGGGAUUACCUCACCUUCAUUUAUUACAGGGGUUUAUUCUCAUAAUCAGAGCCGACUCUGGGGAUCGGGUUUAGGGGUUGCGCCUGAUUCCCUCGCUCUUUUGUGUGGAACCCAGUCUGUCAGUCCCGGACUCUGUUAGCCUGUCUCAGCUGGUCCCGCUGGUGGGUCCCGGUUUGAUGAGCACCAUGCCGGAGUGCGUGUCCGUUUCCGACUUCUUGCAGGAGGUUCAGGACGACUGGAGCUCCCCGACCACCUCCUCCUUCACCUCCAAGAUGAUCAGCUGCAGGAACACGGUCUACCUGCUGGAGGAGGUUCUGGACAGUGACCGGUUGGUGCUGCAGAAGAUGAAGAAAGCUGCCAAAGCCAAAUUCACUGCAGGACAAGACCACGUGUCUUACCUAGAGCAGUACAUCAACUCCAUGGAGAAGCUGUCGGUCAACUGUCACUCAAACGGAGAGUCUGAGGUCGGCUCGGCUUUCUGUCGACUGGCAGACUUUUCCAAAGAGCUCCUCUCUCCCAUGAAGAACCUGUUAAAGAGCAUGCUCCACAACAUCAACUUCUUCCUGGACUCUUUGGUUAAAGGAGACCUGCGGGAGGUGAAGGGGGAUCUGAAGAAGCCUUUUGACAAAGCGUGGAGGGACUACGAGAGCAGAUUUAAGCAGGUGGAGAAGGAGAAGCGGGAGCUGGCUCGGCAGUACGGGAUGGUGAGGAGCGAGGUGAGCGGGGGAGAGAUCGCAGAGGAGCUGGAGAAAGAGAGACGCUCCUUCCAACUGAGCAUGUGUGAGUAUCUGAUAAAGGUGAAUGAGAUAAAGACAAAGAGAGGAGUGGACCUGCUGCAGAACCUUAUCAAACACUACCACAGCCACAAUAACUUCCUGCAGGAGUGUGUGUCCACCACUCAGAGGCUGAAGCAGUACAUGGAGGAGCUGAAUGGAGUCCUGACGACGGUGAAGCAGCAGCAGGAGGAGGAGAAAAAGCAGCUGGUGACUCUCAGAGAUCUGCUGAGGCCGGUCGUCCACACAGAGCAGGACACUUUACCUAAGCAGGUGUACAGUAUGCAUCAGCUGCUGGGAGACAAACAAUAUGGGACAGAAAGAACCGGGUUCCUCUACAAGAAAAGUGAUGGGUUAAGGAAAAUGUGGCAGAAGAGGAAAUGUUCAGCUCAUAACUGUUACCUGACCAUCGCACACGCUACUCCUAAUAAACCUCCAACCAGACUCAACUUACUCACCUGUCAGGUUAAACCCAGCGUGGAGGACAAGAAAUGCUUUGACCUCAUAUCUCAUAAUCGGACAUACCACUUCUUGGCUGAGGAUGAAGCUGAGUGUGUGGCCUGGAUCUCGGUGCUCAGUAACAGUAAGCAGGAGGCUCUGAACGUGGCUCUGGAUGGGGGGAGGAGAGGGGGAGGAGGUGGGGAGAGCAGUGUGGAGGAUCUGACCCGGGCCAUCACUGAUGACGUCAGACGGAUGCCAGGAAACACAAACUGCUGUGACUGUGGAGCUCCAGAUCCUGGAUGGCUCUCGACCAACCUGGGCAUCCUCACUUGUAUUGAAUGUUCAGGGAUCCACAGGGAGAUGGGGGUCCACGUCUCCAGGAUCCAGUCUCUGAGUCUGGACAGCUUGGGGACAUCUGACUUAUUGUUGGCCAGGAAUGUCGGUAACUCUGGUUUUAAUGAAAUACUGGAGGCAAACUUGCUGAGUCCGUCCAUGAAGCCCUCUCAGCACAGCCACAUGGCAGAGCGUAAAGAUUUCAUCAUGUCAAAGUAUCAGGAUGUCCAUUUUGUGAGGCGCAGCCACAACUCUUCUGCAGCGCUGCGACUCGGCCUGCAGGAGGCGACAAAGAACUGCGAUAUCUACAGUCUGAUCCAGCUGUACGCUCAGAGGACAGAGCUGAGCCAGCCACUGCACUCACACAUACAGGAGAAAGGUGAAACAUCGCUCCAUCUAGCCGUUCUAUUGGCUGACAGGACGUCACUGCACAUCCUGGACUUCCUCGCUCAGAACUGCUCCAAUGUGGACGUGCAGACAUCAGCAGGAAACACGGCGCUGCACUACAGCUGUCUGCACAACAAGAGCGACUGUGUGAGGCUGCUGCUGAGAGCCCGGGCCAGCACGCACAUCAAGAACGAUUUGGGGGAGACGGCUCUGGACGUGAGCCACAGGUUGAAGCACUUUCACUGUGAGACUCUGAUGCAGCAAGCUCAGUCUGACCUGUUCGACCAUCACGUCCACGUGGAGUACGAGUGGAGGCUCCGUCACGAUGAUCUCUACGACAGCGACGAUGAAUUCGAAGACAAGAACGGUCCAAUAAAGAAGGAGCGCUCCACCUCUACCUCCUCAUCCACCUUCACCUCCUCCUUCUCCUUCUCCUCCCGUCCCUUCAGCUUCAAUCAGUCGAACUCCUCUGGCAUCCCCAACUCUUCCUCUGCAGUGGCAGCGGCUGCAGCAGGUGGAGGUCUGCUCAGCGUGGGGAGGAGGCUCGCCAUGGCCAUGGAACUCCACAAUCGUCCUUCAGGCCCUGUCUCCAGCCCGCCUCCUCCUCCCCCGUCCUCCCCAGCUCCCCCGCUGCCCCCGAGAGUCAAAGUUCCCAAUGUUCCUCCUCCUCCUCCUCCCGCUGGGGGAGAAGAAGAGGAGGAAGAAGGGGAGGUUUUUUUCCCCAUGACAGGAAACAGGAAGCCGACUCCGCCUCCGAUUGCAGUACGACACAAGAGGACCUGCUCUGAGUCAGGCAAGCACGAUUAUGGGCUGCCAACCAGUCCCAGAAUCUACAGUGGACCAGACUCCUCCUUCAGAAAGUGUGUUCCUUCGUCUCCUCUCAGCUCGCUGACUGAGCGCCCCGAAAGAGGUUUUCGGAGAGCAGAUAGUGACUGUAACUCCUCCCACUUUCUGCACCCUGCCAGUAAAGCUCCGCCCAACCGGUCACCCACCAAUCAUCGCUCUCAGAGUUUUGACAACGACAACAGAGGCCCUGCCCCCCAGCCACUUCCUCGGAGAUCAUUGCCUCGAGGUGCAACGAGCCGUCGGGUUGAAGCUCUGUACGACUGUCAGGCUGACCACCACGAUGAGCUGAGCUUCUGUGAGGGACAGGUGCUGGUGGUCCUGGGACAGGAGGACAGUGAUUGGUGGCAUGGUUACAUCGAGGACGAACCAGAUCAGAGGGGUUUGUUUCCGUCCUCCUUCGUCCAGCUGCUCAUAGACUGACGAUAACCUGGACUGCACUGGACCAGAACCAGAAGCAGUGCAGAUCCGGAACCCCAUCUGUCAGACUGAAGAACCAGAACCUGGAGCUCAAGAACUAAACCAAAUCAGUGCUGAAUUCAUUGAUCUCACUUGGCCUGAGUUGGACUUUCAGGUCAGACUUAAACUUUUAAGAGUGGACUGAUCCGGUCCUGACAAGCUCUUUGACCCUCUGAGGUCACAUGAUCACAGACUGCCGCACUGAUACGCUGUGACUCAAGGCUGAUGUUGACGAUACACAUAUUUAUUUAUUUAUUUAUUUAAAUUAUUUUUAAUAAAAGCACAGAUAACAGAACAACAGAAUGGACACCACACACACACACACACACACACACACACACACACACACACACACACACACAAGCCCCUACUCUCCCAUGUCAGGCUCCACCCCCUUUUUGGGGCAGGGCUUAACCUUCCAUAAUGUGAUGAGCACAAAGGACUGUACACUAAUGUAUAUAAAAACAGCUGUUGGCUCAUAAUUCAGGUAACAUCUGUCAGUCUGAGCACGAGCGUGUCUCAGGUGAUGCUUCAAGAGCACAAGACGUUAAAAAGCCUCGAUUAAGAAUCAGAACAGCGUGUUACUGCCACUGUUACAAAAUAAAACGUUACGAUAAGAGCA